UCAGUUGCUCUCCAGUGGCACUAGCGGACGGUCGAGCUAACCCCCCGGCAGGCAGGUGGUUCUUUGGGCAGUUAACAACACCAACUGUUGUGCUAGAGGUCCUCUCCCUCGGCGAGGGACUCCGACCGUCGGUGAGAACGCUCCGAGAGUUCAGUUCGCUCGGUGUCAGUGCGGGACCAGGACGGAAAAGUCGGGUAGCUCCUCCGUCGUUGAGUCCUUUCGGAAGGAUCACCGUGAGUGAGUGUGUGUGCGCUUCUGGCUGAGGGUGUUUGGAUUAAUAUUUUAUGAGAAAAUUGAAAAUUUUUGCUCCGGUGGCCGUCCGGGUCCGAUAAAACCAUUAAAUCAGGAGAUUUGGGGGCGAGGAACAGCUGCAGCAGGCUUUCGGUAAGCUUGCAGGCCGAGUCGAUUCGUGAAGGGUCUAGCACCACUUUGAAAUUGUUGGGGAAAAUCCUGGUGGAACACCGCGAAAAAAAAAGGAAAAAUACCCAGGUGUGUGCGUGUUUGAGGGUGCCAACCAGAGUCCUGAGACAGUGGCAAGAAGAAGACCAAAGUCUCCCGCGAAGAAGCUGCUGCUUGGCCACGUGAGGAACGGAAAACCUAAUCAGCUGUCAGACGACGACGACGACGAAUUUCAAGUCCUCGCAGCAUCCGUGUACCGUGUCGCUUUGUGCUAGUAUUUGUGUUUCAGCGUAAGUGCUUUUCGCCCCUUUGUUGGUAUUGGUGCGGUAUUGUGCGGAUUUAUUGCCUGUGUGAGUACACAUCCCUUCGUAGGAAAGAAAGCGAAAUAAAAUCGCAAACAAUUACGAGGGAAAGCUUUGCGGGAAAAGUGUGUGAUUUUCUCGUGCUUUUUUUCUAGAAGAGAGUGGAAGAAUUUCCUUUGGAAAACGGUGGAAAACAACCGAAUAUAUGUUUGUGUGAAGAAGAAAUUAUCGUGUGUAUCCUUAGGAAAUUUCACAACAAGAAAUACUAAAGUUUAGUGGCUAGACCGUCGGAAUCGUGACCGGUCAUUUGGAGGAAACAAUAUUGUGGCGAUACGCUGGUCUUGGCUGAUUCUCCUUUCGGUGCGGUGCUGAUUACAGCUGCCAAACUUGAAUGGAACAUGAUAUGGACUAACUGAUAAUGCAAAAUAACUUCUUUGGACAUACGCUGUGAACCCCCCCCGCCAGCUCAAGUUCAUCCAACUGACAUCAAUUAGCACAGCUUUCGCCAAAGAAAUAGCGAAAAAAAGUUCCCAUAAAAACGUAGGAAAAAGAAAACCAACCAACACUUUCUGUUGCAUGCUAAACAUCAUUAAAGAAGCAAAUAAAAACAUAAAAAGAAGCUUGAAGCAUUCCUGACCAUCCCUUAAAUAGCAAAAAAAAAAGAAUCGCUUUCUGUAAUCGGACAAGAUUUGGGCACGUGCCACGUUUAACGUCCAGCAGCAGCAAAAAAGUGGAAAAGCACGCCAAACAACUUAGCUGGGGUGUGAAACCCACCCCACCCAACUCACUAAUAUGCCGGCUGCGGUAGUGUGCGUGUGAAAAAGAGGAAAACCGGUCGCGGAAAGAAAGGCGAGGAAAAGUGUCUUUUUUUUCGGGGCGGGUGAAGGCAAAAGUGCAAACAAUAAGCGGGUCGUAUUAAUGGCUCGAAGCUCCACACCACUUAGUGCGGCUCCUGCCAGAGGGCAGUAGUUACGGCGGUCAAGUGGUCACCGAGGUUGAUCGAGUGUCACUAAUAUUGGUGGCCCCUAGCACCACCCUCCCUGGAAGGCGGGCGGCAGCAGCAGUUUUUUCCGGCUCAAGUGUCGAAAAAAGGAAGAGCUUUUUUGUUUCAGCGGGGGUUUUUUUUUUCUUCUUUUUGGGCCUGGUGGUGAUUUUGCUACAAUCUGGAUAAGAUGUAAAUAAAAAAGUAAGAGCUUAUUCAUCGCGUAGAGAGAGAGAGAAGCAGCACGUGCAGAUUGAUCUGUUUCUUGAGUGGUCCACGUGGUCAGUCUGCUGGGGUGGCACACGUGUCCAGCCUGGAAGUGACGUGUAAUAGAAUCUGUGUAAAGUUCUGAGCGGUGAAGAAAAAAAGCAUCGUCUGAAAAGCUCAGACAGCAAAGAACCGGAAAAGCUUCACGAAGGAAAACCGAAACCACCGCCAGCAAAAUGACGGAGGCGGAUAACUACGAUGAUGAGGAUUCCGAUCUGGUUUCGGCCAAUCCAAAUCAACGCAACUGGCGCGGAAUUUUGAUUGCCCUGCUCGUCAUCAUCUGCGUGCUGGCCCUGAUUGUGACAUCGGUGGUCCUGCUCACCCCACCGGACGAAGGCCCCCGGGUAAAAGGUCAGCGGAUAAAGCUGCAGGAUAUCAUCGACGGAGAGUAUGCUCCCAAAAAGCUCAACGGAAGCUGGAUCGGACCGGACGAAUUCCUGUACCAGAAUCACUGGGGUGAAAUCAGUUUGCUCAACCUGAACAACCUCUCCGAGCGGAUAUUGAUGUCCAAUACGACGCUGAAAACCCUAGCGCCGGCCAAAUUUUCCAUCUCGGCGGACCGGAAGUUCCUGCUGCUGGCGCAGAACGUGAAGAAACUUUUCCGGCACUCCUUUCUGGCACAGUACACCGUCUACGACAUCACCACCAGCGAAACCAUCCAGCUCACCCUGAAGGCGGACGAUGACGAGUGGCCGUUCCUGCUGCACGCCGAGUUCACGCCCCGGGGCCAGUCGAUAGUGCUGGUGCACACGUACGACAUCUACUACAAGCCGUCGGCGCGGGCCACCCAGACGUACCGGCUCACCAAAACCGCCAUCCCGGGCAUCAUCUACAAUGGCGUGCCCGAUUGGCUUUACGAGGAGGAGAUCCUGCAGAGCAACAAGGCGAUCUGGCUGUCCAACGACGGCCACCUGAUGCUGUACGGCAGCUUCAACGAUUCGCAGGUCCAGGAGCAACAGUUCUCCUGGUACGGAAUGGCCAACGGCGAUAUCAAUCUGUACCCGGAGAUUCGAUCGUUGAGAUAUCCCAAGCCCGGAACGAGAAAUCCGACAAUCACGCUGCGAGUCGCCGAUCUGGCGGAUCCCAAGAGCAUACGAACCCGGGAACUGACGCCGCCGCCGAUCCUGCUGAAUCAGGAGCACUACUUCACCAGUGCGGCGUGGGUAUCGCAAACCGAGGUCAGUGUUGUCUGGAUGAAUCGGCCCCAGAAUCUGUCCGUCGUAACGCUCUGCAAGAGUCCGAUGUGGUACUGCCAGGAGACCCACCGAAUCAGUGGCGACGGCCGGGGGUGGGUUGACGAGAUGUCGGUGCCGUUCUUCAGCCAGAACGGAAGCUCGUACAUCGCCAUCUCACCGCUGAGAGACGGAGCUGCAGGCCACUUCCGACAUCUCGUCCACGUGCACAUCGGCAAAAAACGAAUUAUCCCAUUGACACACGGUCGCUUCGAGGUGAACAAAAUACUCCACUGGGACCAGACCAACAACUUUGUUUAUUAUCUGGGCAUCCCAGAACACGCACCCGGUCAGCAGCACCUGUACCGUGCCUCAUCGCUACCCCCAAAGCAGGGCACCUCACCCCGUGCCCCCCGUUGUCUGACCUGUAGUCACCACCACCAGCACGCCCCCGGCAGCCACGCCCACGUGGCCAUGAACCGGGUCUCGAACCGGGUCCAGCAGCAGUGGAACGACGACUGGGAGGACACCGGCGACGAGGAGGAAGACUACAUCGACAUUCCACCCCCGACGGCCCCACCUUCGUCCCAGAAGAAGAAACGGAACGACGGCGGAGGAUCGGCGGCGGAACCGAAGCCGGAAACGCCGUGCCAGUUCUUCACGGCCAUCUUCGCCCCGAACAGCAACGAGUUUGUGCUGAUCGAGUGCCUCGGACCGGUUGUACCGUUCAGCGCCAUCUACCGACUGGUGGUCGAUCCCAGCAAGAGUCCAACGCAGGUUCUGUUCUAUCUGCAGAACAAUACGGCGCUGGCCGAACGGAUAUCCAAGGUGGCGCUACCGCAGGUCAAGUCCUUCCCGGUGAUGAUCUCCGGAGGGUACCACGCCCAGGUGCGGCUGUUUUUGCCACCUGGACUGCGCGAGGACGAAAUCACCCGGUAUCCGAUGAUCGUACAUGUCUACUCCGGUCCCGGCACCCAGCUGGUGACGGACAAGUGGCGCAUCGACUGGAACACCUACCUGGCCGGUACGAAAGACUACAUCGUGACGCAGAUCGAUGGCCGGGGCAGCAGCGGCCAAGGGUACCAGCUGCUGCACGAGGUGUACCGUCGGCUCGGUACGGUCGAAGUGUCCGACCAGCUGGAGGUCGCCGAAUAUCUGCGCGACAGUCUGCACUUUGUGGACAAACGGCGCGUCGGCAUCUGGGGCUGGAGUUACGGCGGCUAUACGGCAGCCCUGGCAAUGGCCAGCCCGUCCACGUUGUUCCAGUGCGGUAUCAGUGUCGCACCCGUCACCAACUGGAAGCUCUACGACUCGACGUACACGGAGCGGUACAUGGGUCUGCCGAACGUGACCGACAAUUACAAGGGCUACGACGAUAGCGAUUUAUCAAAACACGCUGAAAAGCUGCGUGACAAGCAGUUUCUCAUGGUCCACGGAACGGCCGACGACAACGUGCACUUCCAGCAGAGCAUGGUCCUGUCGAAGGCGCUGUCCGCCCGGGGUGCGCUCUUCAAGCAGCUGAUUUACCCGGACGAGGGCCACAGCCUGGCCGGCGUCAAGAAGCACCUCUACCGAUCGAUGACGAUAUUCUUCGAGGACUGCUUCCGGAAGUUGGUGCCCCAGGACGUGAAGGCGGGUCUCGGCAACGGUGGUUCGAGUGAUUAAUAUUUGCUCGAUUACUUCGGUGUCACCGACUCUGCGUCAAGUUUCAUGUAAAAGUUUCUUACCACUACCAACACUACAUCUUUCCAACGUUACAUUAACAACAGUAGUACACAACAGCAACAACAGCCACAGCUGAUAAUGUUAGGCGCGCGUUUCUUUAGAGCACGUGGCAUCGUCCGUUGCCGCCACGUGGGUAGUGUGUUUCUCUAUCCAACGACACUAAACUUACAACACAAGCCGACACACACUUGUCACAUCAACGAUACUGAACAAACUAGUAGCCAACUAUUAUUGCAACAACAACAAAACAACAGCUGGGACAAAGCUGGGGAAUUCAAAGUUUGGAAAACUCAACUCGUAGGAAACUUUAGCCGUAAACUUGUAGCCGAUUCAAUUCCGAAGUAAUAGGAUGAAACACAACUCUCAAAGCGUAGAGUUGUAGCAAAAACAAA